CUUAUAGCGUCUGGUGCGUUGCGACAGAAGAACAAGUGCCAAUCAACCAGAAAAUCCAUAAACCAAUCCACCGCAGACCCAAGCUAACAAAGCAAUCUAAGAGACUUAGUCCCAACACAGCAUCCAAUUCUAAGCAAACUCGCACAUACUUAUAGUGCAAAACUUAUUCGUGUGGAACGAUUUUAUUAAACUGGACAGUUAAUAAACGAAUAAAAACAAAGCCAUAUAAAGAACGCAUCACAGUUGAAUUGAGGGGAAAAAACACACGUUACACGGUUCAGAAUCAGGCGUUCACUUGAGGUUUAUGCCGCAUCCUCGGCUAUAGUGAGCUGAAGGUCUUGACCUUUCGUGAUCAAAAGGGAGACGAAUGCAAGUUUAAGAUAAGUUCAAGGCUAAACUAAAAACCAAAGGCACACUUAAGCAAGCAAGCGCAAAUACUUCAGGAAUUUACAAUGCGUUUACCGCACUCACCCCCAGUGCUCUGGCUAUGGCCUUGGCUAGCCCUCGCAAGCUCCGGCAUUUUGGCCUAUCCGAACAGCUACCCGCAGCAGCAGCUGGUCACCUAUGUGACCACCUCGAUGACUUCGAGUCAACGGAGCCAGUCCGCUAACCAGCAGCUGAAACCUGCAUUCGUCUAUGACUCACCUCCGCCGGAAAGGGAGGAAGGCUCGAGCUUUGUGCAUCCCUUGGCCACAACAACAUCCGAUGUCCGGAACGAAAAGACUAGGCCGGCAAAUAAAGUCAUCGGUUCCAGUGCAAGCCCAGCAGUGUCAGUUGUUUUCGAUGGAAAUGAACCGAAAUUUACCGAUGCUCUCGGUCACAAAGUUCCCAAACCACAGCCGUCCUUGCAAGUGGCUAGUCCUAUCGUUCUUCUUAACCCAGAUCGCUACGAAUUCUUCACUUUUGACGAAAACGGAGAACUAGUCAAGCGGUUGAUGACUAUGCAGGAGAUCCAAAGCAUUGUGGCCAACGGUGACGGCGAGGGACCUUCAAUCAUUAACCCGCCAGCGCUAGCUGAAAGCAACCCCGACAAAAAUGUUCAAGAUAUUGUAAACAGCGUGCAAAACGUGCUAAACAAGGAAGCUGCUUCCAGCUCAUCAAAAAACAGCUCUGGGGAGCUUCUUCCUCCUCUUCUGGAUACCCCUGACGUCUCCUCCUCCUGGUCCCUAAUACUGCCUGCCAUUUUUGGAAAUUCGGGGGGUGAUAUUUUUCCACAACAGCGACCGCAGCACAUAAUUAUGACUCCCGAGUCAGAGUUGCUGGAGACGUCCACCAAAGCGCCAUCACCACUUACGGUAGCCACAAAAAAGGCUAAGCCCGCUAAGCGCAAGCCGCCCACAAACCGCAAGCCUGCCACCACCACCAGCACCACCCAGGUAACACCUCAGGUGGUCCAGGAGGAGCUAGAUCCAAUGGAAUCGGUAUACACGGGUAUCCAGCAAUAUCAGCAGGCUGCUGCUAAUAUGCCAGAGUUCCAACCCCUCAAAAUGCAGCCGGAAUCAACAACACGGCGAGUAUUCUUUAACAACCAGGAGAUAAUACACACGUCCACCUCCUCGAGCAGCGCACCCUUAAUCAACGAGAUUGGCCAACUGGCCAAGAAUCCGGUGGGUGUUCAUCGCAAGCCGAUACAGCCCCAACACGAGAAGGAACCUAACGGUGGUGCCGAAAGUACUUCACAGGCUACGGGAGAAAAACAGAAGGUCAAGAAGAAGAAAACCACCACAACAACAACGACAACCACACCAGCCCUACAGCACGAAAUAGACCCACUAAACCAGAAGGAGCCUGUAACUAAAGAAAAAACGACCAAAACCACUCAAGCACCUCGCAUGACAACCAUAAAAAAGAAGAAACGUAAGCCCACACGAGCACCAGGUACAGGAACUUUUGCAGGCAGCUCUAAGCCAUCAAAGACAAAGCGAAAACCAACGUCUGCACCACAGGCGCAAAUAUUCGGAAAUCAGCAUUCGUCCAAUCCACAGAGACCUAUAAAAAAGCACAAGCCUUCUACAACUUCUACCAUGACGCCAUUACCACAAGUCAGCACUACAAGUACGGCAAUCAAACCAGUGACCAUCUCUCCAGAGGCCCCAACUACAGAACCGACAGCAGAGAGUCCAAUCACACCUACACCAGAAACACAACACCCAACAACAAUCCCCAUAACAGCAGAAGCUUCUACAAUUACAUCAACAGAGGCACAGACAACACCCAUUGAGGCUAUAAUAACAACAACCACUGCUACUACAAUAGCUUCUGUUAAAAAUACUACAAUUUCUCCUAUGUUGCACCACCAAAAAUUGCACAACAGGCCCGAUAGCCGUCCAUUAACUCAGCACCACAACCAAAACCACGCAAAACCAGCGCAUAUUACAACAACAGAAUUGAGUAAUAUUGCUUGGGGAGUACAAGCCGAUUCCUAUGGAUUGGUUAAUGUAAUUUCUUCAUCUAGCACCACACAUAAGCCAUACUAUCCCCUGCCUAAUUACAAUUCUAACGUCGCUCAAAAUGUGACUAGUAUGUUCUCUGCCGCUACGGGUCUUUUUUCGCCUUUGAAGAAGACUCCACUGCCGUCACUGGCACAGCUACAACAUCAGUUGCACUCAGGAUCACUGUCUUCUGCCCCACAGCUCUCACCCGCACAAAUCGUCUCAAUGGAAAAAAUAAUGCAGACGCUGACCCAGGACCAUUCCACCACAGACAAGGGGGGUAAAAAUGCUGCUGAAAGUCCUCAGAGACAUGAAAGUGCGGAGAGCAAACUGCAGAUGGAAGCCAUGCUCAGUAAUGAGAAGGUAGCAAUGAUGGCCUCCACCACCCCAGAAAAAACUACGGCUACUGCAACUGAAGUAUUAACUACCUCCUCCAAACCCAUCACAAUUUUGACAAGCAGCAAACCUCUUAUUUUCCAGUAUGGAGUCAGCACUUUGGCCACGAAUCUCUCUGAGGAAGUAGAGGAUUCAACCGAAUCGAAUGACUCUACUAAGGUCUAUCAGCAAAUAGCAGAGACCACGCUAAGCAGCCUUGAGGACAAUAACGAGCAGCAAAAUCCCUUUGUGGUAAUCACCGCUAGACCACAGUACUUUACAAGAAAGCCGGAGCCAAUGCAGACCAUUAAAACCAAUCAGACCCCAGAAGAGCUAGAGACCACCGAGUUGCCCAGACAGACACAAUUUACAGUAACAACUCCAAUGUCACCGUUGGAAGAACUGGAUACUAUUACGGAUAAGCCUGUAGUCGAAUCAGUCAAUGCUCAGGCUAACGAGCCUAACCUUAUUGGCGAUGAUAACCCACAGUCCGUGGAGGCUGAGAAGGUGGCGAAUUUGACGAUAACAACCAUUGGAGAGACGCUGAGGCUUCCAGUCUCCGAGAGCAGCACAGUUAGUGAUUUUGACAGUACUGAAGUUACCCCCAAGAUCGCUGACCUGGUCCACCAACUCAAUUUGGAAAUGCUUAGGCCGACGGACCGAAUAUACAUGGCCAACUUUCAGACGCAGGCGGCCACUGUCGCCUCCACAUUAGUGGAUGGCAGUAAUUCCGUAGUCUCGGAUGUCCCUAUAAAUUUAAGCGAGACUAAGGACGAACUAGAAUUCCUAAUGUCUGAUGUUAUCCAGCUGAUUUCUCAGGAAAGUCAAAACAACUCCACAUUUAAGGACCUGCCGAUGUACGACUUACACCGUCUGAAUAAUUUCGGCAAACUGAAUACUUCCUUCUUGCUUCAGUCAAAACCAGAGCCCAAUGAAUCAUACAAGCAAGAGUCUCAGCACAGUACAUACGCCGCAGACUAUUCCAAAACGGAAUCAACCUACUCUGAAUCUUUCUCUGCUGUAGAGACGAGCUCUCUGAUUCCAAUCCUAUCGCUUUCCCAGAUUUAUGCGCAGCAACAGCAAGAUGAAGAUAAAGAGCAUCAAGAUUUUUUCAAUGAAAAACUAAAAAAGCAGCCAUCUUCAGAACCCUUUAGAUAUGGCACUGGUUUGGCCAUAGAGAAUGCUUUCACUACAAUACCCACUGUAGAUGCCACCGAGACUGAUAACGUUAAACCAGUAAUCACCACCGAGCGACAGCAGGCGGAAGAAAACAGCCAUGAAGUAACAACUUCUAAAGAAGAGGGUUCCAACAGCGAGAAGCCAACAACAACCAUAAGCAACAUCCCUGAAAGAUACACCCACAGCGAUAGUGAAGAAGAAAUGACGGAGUUACUGACAAAUGGGUAUAGCGAACACCAAAUGACGGAAAAAGAGCCAGAGCCCAUAAGUAUCACGCUGGAAGAGUCAGCAUCGACCGCGCAACUGCCUGAAAGCAAAGGGACAACAUUAGUGACAAAUGUUUACCUGAACGCACAAAAGCAAGAUCAAUCUUUAACAAAGGUGAAGCAAGGCCAAAUAGCCGCUAUGGAGGACAGCUUUACUAACGCCGCCCAAGUGCUACCACAAUAUAUGUCGUCGACCAGCGAAGAUCCGGAGAAGCUUGAAGUGAGCGUCACAGAAAAUUCAGAUGAUAGGUUUUUGACUUCUUCGCAUUUGGACAUGUCGUUGAGCUCCGAACAGGUAACAAAGAAAAUCGAAUUGAGCACAGUCAAGUCGCUGCAAUUGAGCGACGAGUCUAUUGAAGACAUUUCCGACGAGCUGACUGCCAUCAUUUCCGAAGAAAAUGACGCUGAUGAGGAGGAGGCGGUAACAAGUGCUCAAAAAAUACGGCCGGAUGAUGAAGACCCCUACGUGAAGCUAGGGGAAACGACAGCCAAUGUGGUGAGGCCGCUGACAACUAACUCAGAAGAGGUUGGUGAGGAUAAAAACGUGACUAAACCCGAAGAGGAUAACUACAUGUUACCAUUACCUAGCUACGGCCAGCAGGCAGGAGAUCAGGCGGAUGAAGAAGACGACGAGGAUCAAGUAAUUUCCCAGGUUCCUUUCUCUCUGCCCAGCAGAACAAGAAAAACUACUACUACAAAGCCCACUACGGAAGCACCAACUUCGACAACUUCUUUUGCGGCUACCAGUACUUCCCCACCAACAACAAAGAGAAUAAACACGCUAAAGCCGGUUUCAUACUACGUUCAGCCCUCGCUACUGGUUGGAUACAAUGAGCAGGACUUAGAGCCGCUAAAGAAGCUCUCAAACAAUGCCAGCAAGGUGGACCCAGCCCAUAGCCAAGUUCAAUCUACUAUGACUCAUCAACGGCCAACCCAGCGACCCCUUUUGCUGACCAACCUUAUGGCAAGCUCCACGCAAUCGACACGACCACCAGUUAAACUUGCUCCUAAUUCCGAAUCUUCCCAGGGUCUUGAGGCCUCAACCGCGUUAUUGGAUGAGGAUCUGCAAUCUUUUGCCAAACUCUGCAACGAGUUGGCUUUCAGCUACUGGCGCGCCAUUACCUCUGAAAAAAUAAGCUCAGCCAGAAGUCUGGUCAUGUCCCCGUUCGCCCUCACUUCUAUGCUUUCAAUGGUCUUUCUGGGGGCACGCGGAAGUACGUCCGGGGAGAUGAACGAGAUCCUGAAGCUGGACGACAUGGUUACCUUCAACCCACAUUUGAUCUUAAGGAAUAUAACCAACUCAGUGGAACAGGCUACGGACAGCAAUAUUGCGACUGCUGCUUUCGUACGCGAGAUUUUUAGCGAUCGUUCCAACGGGAAAAUACUGCCAUUCUUUAGGGAAAAAAUUCAGCAGCUAUACGCCGGUCACGUCGAGGAAGUUAACUUUCAUGUGGUUAACGACAUCGUGCGACGACGCACUAACCUGUUGAUAAAGCGCCACACGAUGGGGAAGGUUCUUGAGUACUUGCGCACCAACAGCGUCUGGGUGAACGGGCCAAUAGCCACGGUCUCAGCCAAUCUCUUUCAGACAGACUGCGUGCACGGCUCCACAGCAGAUCGCGACGGAGAGAUGUUUUUCCAAGUGCAUCCCACUGUGCGCCAGCGCCGACUCGUUCGCAUUCCGGCCGUGCUUUAUCGAUCUGGUUUCUUGGCGGGCUACGAACAUAAUCUGGACGCUACCGUUGUUGCAUUAGGCCGAAUCCAAGAUACGGUCAGUACAAUCUACGUGAUGCCUGGCUAUCAGAACUCUAUAUCGCCGAUGGAUAACCUGGAACGGCUGGAGCGCAGCCUGGUGGAAAAGGCUUUCGGCGAGUCGCGGGCCUGGAGCCGUCUACUUACCUCUUUAAUUGAUCGGCCGGGAAUGGAGGUACAGCUGCCGCGUUUCUCACACCGUUCGUUUGUUAACUCAUCUGCGGGUCUGCAGAAGAUGGGCCUGCGCGGCCUCUUCAAGUCGGACUUGGCUGACCUACGUGGUCUGACUGGAGGAAGCCGCGAUAUCUUCUUAUCCGACAUGAUCCAGAUCAACACGUUCAGCACCUGCGGUGAAGAAAAGGUUUCUGAUCACCACCAUGUAGAAAUGUACCCAGCGCCCCCUUUGCGCAAGCAGAACAAGGAUGUGGACGCUAUUAACGACGCCUUCGACUCCUCGGAAGCGGUCGUAGACUUCGGCUCAUCAAUGCAGGAGUCGACGCUGGGACGGGGCUUCUACGACGACCUGCUGGAUCCCAAAUACUUGGAACUGCCGCUGCCACUCCGCCCACGGCAGGCCCGCGUCCCAGAUGCACCACGGCUUCGAUUCGAUAAGCCCUUUCUGUACUUCGUGCGCCACAACCCAACCGGCAUUAUUCUGUUCAUGGGGCGCUUUCAACCGCGCCUGCUGCCGUGAAGCAGAAGCAAAACUAGCAAAUAUGGGUUGUUUUCUUGUUAAUUCUUGGAAUGUAUCUUAGUGAAUUUGUACUUGUAAUGCUUACUUAAUUCUUAAUAAACGCUGCUUGCUGUGCCUUAAUUCCGCAUCCUUACGCCGAUACGAAAUUGAUGCGCAGCAAAAAAUUUCAUUCGCCAGAGGCAUCGGCAACUAUUCUAUACACAUAAAAAAUUUGUUUUAAAUUGGUUUUUUUUUAAUAUAUUUACUUUUUUGAUCCCUAGAAAUGAACCGUUAUGCAAACAAAUGUUAAACAAAUAUGCUGUCUUGGAAAUGUAAUUUUGAAAAGGCAAAAUAAAAGUUUUAUACGCUAAUAUGUAAGCUUGGAAGAAAUUUAAGUGUAAUCAAAUAAAAAUA